AUGUCGGCGACUACGAGUGCGACUACAGCGCCCGCUGCGGGUGUAGAGUCGAAGAAAGUAUGGACGACCCUCAUCACCAACACGGCAUACCUCACCGGUCUCCUUACCCUCGACUACUCGCUCAAGAAGCACGGCACAAAGUACCCGCUCAUCGCUUUGUACACGGAUACCUUCCCCGAAGAAGGCCACAAGGCGCUCGAUGAGCGCGGCAUACCGAAACAGCAUGUCAAGUACCUGCUGCCAAUCAAGUCCAAGGACUUCACCGCAGACCCGCGCUUCUACGACUGCUGGAGCAAGCUUACGCCGUUCUCGCUCGAGGAGUAUGAGAGGGUGGUACAGCUAGACAGUGACAUGUUGGUCUUGCAGAACAUGGACGAGCUCAUGGACUUGCAGCUGGACGCACCGAGUACAGGCGGAAAGGGCGAUAGAGUGUUUGCAGCGAGCCACGCAUGCGUGUGCAAUCCGCUCAAGAAGCCGCACUACCCCAAGGACUGGAUACCAGAGAACUGCGCCUUCACAACCCAACACGCCGACCCCACCACCGCCCAGCACACAGGCGCCCCCUCAACUGCCGGCCUCCGCAUGCCCAACGGCGGCCUCCAAGUCGUAAACCCCUCGCUCGCAACCUACAACCUGAUCCUCGAGCAGCUCUCCAACGAGGCAUCCGGCGACUACGACUUCGCUGACCAAUCGCUGCUGGGCGAUCUGUUCAACGGUCGCUGGGUUACGCUGCCGUAUACCUACAAUGCGCUCAAGACGCUGAGGAAUAAGGGCGUGCAUGAUGUGAUCUGGAGGGAUGAGAAUGUCAAGAAUAUUCAUUAUAUUCUUAGUCCGAAGCCCUGGGAGGAGGACGAUGGGAAGUCAAUGUGGGAGACGCAUCAGUGGUGGUGGGAUGUUAAUAACGAGAGGAGGAAGGAGGAGAAGAGCCGGGGGAUUGAUGAUGGAUUCUAA